AUGGCCAGUCAAGCCGGCAAGAAGUCGGGCAAGCGCAAGGAGGCGCAGGCUCGCAGGGAGACGCAGGCUGCCGCAGAGGUGCGCCGCUCCGCCGCCCUGGGGCGGGCAGCGGCCGAGGGCCUCGGUGGGGAGCGCUGUCGCAGGGAGACGCGCGCUGCCGCACCCCUGAGAGUGCGCAUCCGUGCCCUCCGCUCCGUCCGCCUGACCGCGUCCUCCGCCUGCGCGCGCGCGCAGGAGGACGGCGAGGCGCUGGCUGAGCGCGUCGCAGCGCUGGCGGGCGACAACCAGACCGACGCUGUCGACGCUUGCUGCGGUGUGGCUGACGAGGGCUUCCGAAGGGGAGCCCACGAGCUGGCGUUCGCGGUGAUCCGUGCGAGUCUGCACAAGCAUGGCCUCCAAAACGACAAGCUCUGCCGCCGCUACUUCUUCCUGCUGGACACGGUGGUAAAGGCGCGCAUGUCGGCAAAGAAGAAGCCAGAGGGGCCGCCCAAGAUGCUCUACUUGCGCGAGAUGCUGGGUCGGGUGCCGGAGGUGCUCUCGGGCCAGCUCGCCCUGCUGGGCGGCGUCGACGGGGUCAAGGCGGGGGAGCGAUGCGUGCUGAUGAAGGAGCGCGGCGUGAUGGUGAUCGGGCUCUCGCUGCUGGAGUGGCGGCUGCUGCUCGAGAAGCAGGCGGGCCCAAAGAUGGAGAUGCAGAUGAUCUCGGGGGUGGAGGAGGCGGUGGUGCGCGGUCUCUCGCAGAGCGAGGGCAUGUCGGACGCGCAGGCCGAGAUCAAGCUGAGCUGGAACGCGUGGGCGCUCAAGCUGUGCGAGGCUGAGGAGGGCACGCCCCAGCUGCGCGGCAAGUGCCUGCUGCAGCGCACGGUGCUGCUGCUGGCGCAAAACAGCUUCCAGAAGGCCAUCGACAGCAGCGGCGAGGUGAUGCGGAUCCAGCCGGCCAACAAGCACGCGGCCGCGCUGAACGCCACCGCGCUGCACAAGAUCGGGCGCAAAAAGGAGGCGGCGUCCGCGGUGACCGAGCUGAUCGGCGCGUUUCAGCGGUCCGAGGACCAGCACGUCCAGGACGAGCUCGGCGCGCCGCUCGAGCUGGUCGUGUCGCUGCUGGUGGAGAUGCACCGGACCAAGGAGGCGCUCCGCCUCCUCUCGCAGCUCCUCUCGCGCGUGUCCGGCCCGCGCCACCAGCCCCUCUUCUUCGGGCUCGCGCGGCUCUACGCCAAGCACGGCCUGAACAAGGACGCGCUGGUGCUCAAGCUGCCGCAGCUCUGCACGCGGCCGCCCGACCGGCGGACGUGGGACCUGCUCAAGUCGAUGGCGGAGUACACCCCCGCGGCGGUGGAGCAGCUGCUGCAGUCCUACAUCGACGAGGCGGGCCCCGGACGCUUCACGCACGUGCCGCAGAUCACCGAGGUGAUGUGCAAGCUGCCGUUCGGCGCGCACGGCUCGGCCGCCAACAAGGCGCUCAAGCUGCUGCAGCGGUGCGCGUCGCAGGUGGCGCCCGACCGGCCAGAGGACCUCAAGAUCAUCGUCGAGGACCUGCGCGCCUUCAUGUCGUCCAACAUCCCGCCGACGGUGAGCGAGCAGUUCCCUCGCACCAUCGAGUCGCUGCUGCUCGCGUACUGCGAGGCGCUGACGGCGCAGCACACUGCCGACGCGUGGGAGAUGCCUGGCGACCUGAUGAAGCGCGCCUUCAACGGGCAGCCGCCCGUGGUGCUGCUCGAGCAGCUGCAGCGCUCGUGCCUCCGCCUGCCGCUGACGUCCGAGAAGACGCUCUGGGUCGUCUUCCGCCACCUGUCGCCCGACUCGGGCGUGGCGCUCGUGCGGACCUGGCUGCUGCAGAACGACGCGGCCGCCGACGUCGACAGGAUGGAGCGGUGCGCUCGGCACUUCCACAUGGCGAAGGGCGAGCACGCCGCCGCGCUCGAUCUGCUCCGCUGGGCUGAGUCGCGGGGGCUGCAGGUGCCGGCUGAGUCGACGCGGAAGUGGCGCGAGCUCUACUUCACCGUCUUGCGGGCGACGGCGGAGGAGCGUGCGACGACGAUGAAGCGCGGCGGCGCCUUCACCAGCGGCGGCCUCGACAUGGCCACGCCCGCUGUGCACGACGGCGGGUCGGAGGAGGGCGCGGUCGCGAUGGAGCUGACCACAUUCCCCCACUACCGCUCGCAGCUGACGCGGCUCGAGAUUCCGCUGCGCAACAUCACGCUGACGGAGCGCGGCGUGCUCGCAGAGAAGAUGGACGUCGUGGCGCCGCACGGCGGCGGGGAGGUUGACCUCGAGGGGGGGGGCGCCGAGGCUUGGCAAGGGGGGGCGCGCGAGGGCGGCGGCGCGCGGGAGCUGUCGGAGCGGACGCACCGGCACCUCGACCUCAACGGCGCGCUGAUGGAGCCGGGCGAGCUGCUGCAGCAGCCGGCGUCCAACGGCGCCGACUGGGGGGAGAGCGUGCCGUUGCUCGAGGAGGAUGGCGACGCGGCGCACGAGCGCAGGCUGGGCAGGCCAGAGGAGGAUGCGGCGGCCGCCGACGGCUCCGCCCAGGACGCGGCGGCCGUGCCGCCGGCCGACGCGGCCCGCCCGAUGUUUUCGCAGCAGCAGCUGCAGUACGCGCAGAGCCUGCUCAACCAGCUCGGGCUCAAGGGCCACGUCCCGACCAGGCUCGAGGACGAGGAGGCGUGGCGCAGCUUCGUCGCCGAGCUCUUCUCCGCCUACGGCUGGACCGUGCUCGGCGCGCACUACUCCGACUCGCCGCAGCACGUGCGCAGGCAGCAGCUGCUCGGCGACAUGGAGCGGCUGCAGCAGGCGCUCCGCGAGCUGUCUGCGCGGGGCAGCCAGCAGCAGCAGAUGGCCGCGGCCGAGGGGGGCGCGGCGCAGAGCAUGCGCGGGCUCGAGUGGCUGUACCGGCUACUGCAGGAGCAUUGCGCGGCCGGGGCUGCCGGCAAGGUCGACAUCGACGGCGUGGACACCGCCGAGGCGGCCGACACCCUCGCGUACGAGAUGGGGCAGCGCGCGGUGUGGCACGAGCGCUUUCAGGGCGGCCGAAGCGGGCAGCAGUGGCACGCCUUUGUGUACGCGCCGCUGGCCUCGCGGGCGCCCUUCAAGCUCGCGUUUCUGCACGCCGCGGACACGCUGGUCACGUCCGCCGCCGCCGCGACCGAGGGCGGCGAGGGGCAGGAGGCGGGCUCCGUGGAGAGCCCGCUGCGCGACAACCAGCAGCUGCAGACGUGCAAAAAGAUGCUCACGCCCGACCCGAGCAACGCGCUCGCCAUGGCGCAGAGGAUGCUGGACGAGACGGCGCUCCGCAGCGAGGACGGGCAGGUGGAGGCGCUGCACAUGCUGAGCGGCGACGCUUGCUUCGCCCUCCGCCAGUUCGGCGACUCGGUGCACCACUUCCAGCACGCGGCGGCGGGGAGGCGCGAGUUCAGCCCGACCGGGCUGCCGGAGGAUUCGGUGAUCGAGCAGGUCUGCGCGAUGCUGCAGGAGGGCUACCCGGCGGCGCAGGUGACGCGCGUCGCGGAGGACGGCUGCCUCAACGAGGGCGCGCACGCGGAGGGUUGGGUGCUGCUCGUCAAGCUGCUCGCCGAGAUUGUCGACGCCGACUCGGCGCAGGAGCAGGUCGCCGAGGAGGAGAACCGCAACAUGGUCAACAAGCUGCUGAUGCUGCUCGGCUCGAACGUGACCAACAAGCGCGAGCGGGAUGCGCGGAUGCAGCGCUGCCUGCAGGAGGGCGCCGAUGGCGGCGACUUCACCUCGGCGUCGGGCCGCAAGGCUGGCCGGAGGCCGCGCGUCGAGGACGAGGCGCCCAUCGACACCGACGCGCUGCACGAGUUUUGGAAGAACGUCGCGCCCGAGGAGCGGCCGGCGCUCUGCCGCGUGCCCAUCGCCGACCUGCGCAAGGCGGUGUUGCAGCUCGCGGCCGCAACCGCCGCCGAGCCGCGCGACUCUGGGGGGAAGCAGCAGGGCGAGAGCGAGGCGGUGGCCCUGCCGCCCGAGUCUUCGCUGCCGGCGCAGCUGCUCGACGUCUUCGCGGACGAGCCCGCGAGCAUCGCCGACCCGGGCGUCGCACCGGGCCUCUCGUGGUCGGACGCGCUCUGCGAGAUCCGCUCGCUCGCCGAGGCCUCCUCCUCGGGCGUCAACAGCUCCGAGCUGCUCGAGGUGUCGGCGUACGGCCUCUUCUGCCUCGACGGCGACGCCUUCACGCUCGGCGCCGCCACCCCGCUGGCGCCGGACGGGGACGCGACCGCCGAGGGGCAGCCGCCGGCUCCGGAGGUGCCAGCGGGCAGCCCCGUGAGCGCCCUCAUCGCCAGCGCGCCCUCCCCGGGCGACCACAGCAAGGCGCUGGAGCGGCUGCUCGCCGUCGAGGCUGGCUUUGAGCUCGACGUGCCGCACAAGGAGAUGCCCUCGCUCGACCUCGGCGCGCAGGUGACGCCGGAGCAGAUGCUGCUCCUCGUGCGCACCCUCUCGGCGCUGCACCUGCACGUUGGCGGCACGCUGCCGCACGCGGCCGAGGCCCUCUCCCUCCUCUGCCAGCGGCUGCUGCGCAAGAAGCCGGUGCGCGCCCUGAUGGCUUCGCAGCGCGCGGUGGUCUCGCUGCUCUCGAGGCUGAUGCUGCGCGCCGUGCGCUCCGCGUUUGGGAAGGAGCGCCAGAAGCUCAAGGCGGAGGAGGCGGAGCGGGCGGAGCGCGAGCUGCUCGAGGAGCUCGCCGCGGCGGAGCGGGCGGAGCGCGAGCAGAAGGAGGGCAAGGACGCGGACGCCGCGCGAAAAAAGGCGAAGAAGAAGGUCAAGAAGGAGCGGAGAGCGGUCGUUGAGGACGCCGCCGACGACGCCGGCGGCGGCGGCGCGGCGAAGGCCCCGACGCCGAGCGCAGCCGCCUCUGCGCGUGGCCGCAGCCCUGAGUGCGGCGCGUACGCGGACUGGGGGACAGCAGCCACCAUCGCUUCGGCGGCGGCGCAGGCGGCAGCGCAGGGGGCGACAAAUCACAGCAGCGGCGGCGGCGGCAGGCGGGCCGCCGGCGCGGGGGGCGGCGCGGCGCGCCGGCAGCAGCAGAACCAGGGCGGCGGCAGGGGCGACGCCGAGGGUGACGUCGGCGACGACGAGGAUUACGCGGCGCGCGAGGCGCGCGAGGCGGCGGAGGCAUUGGCCGUGGUCGAGGCGGAGGAGGCGGCGCAGCGGGCGUGGGAGGCGGAGCUGCUCGCGACUCCGUCGCCAGAGACGUGGGAGACGGUGGCCAAGAGCGGGCGGCGGCGCGGUGGCAAGGCGGGAGGCGCCGGCGGCGACGCGAACGGGGUGGACGCGGCUCCCGCGGGCGGCAGCGGCGAGGGCGUGGCGGGCGAGCGCAACAACGGGCGGCGCAAGGGGCGCGGCGAGGCCGGCGAGCAGCAGGGCGCGGGAGGGCCGGCCGCGGAGGACGAGGUCGAGCGCGAGGGCAGCGCAAAGGGGCGGCGGAAGAAGAACAAGCCGCGCGCGGCGCCGCCGGCGGAGGGCGGCGGCUCUUCUGAGGGCGACGAGGCGCUGGCGGCAGCUGGCGGGGACGGGGCGGGCGCCGCUGACGGCGCGCGCAAGGAUGCGGGCUCGAUGGAGGGGGGCAAGACUGCGGGCGGGCGCGGCUCCAACGGCACGGCGGCGCGCAGGCUGCCGAACGGCCCCUCCAGCUCCGCUUCGGACCUGGAGCAUUUCGGCGACGAGGUCGACGGCGGCAGCGGGGCCGCCUCGGACGGCGCCGGCGGGGGCAAGCGAGGCAAGAAGGGCAAGGGCGCCAGGGAGACGCCCGAGAGCGUGCCCGUCGGGGGCGGCGCGAGCGCCGUGGGCGGCGCGGGCGCGUCGGGCGGCGGCAGCGGGAGGCGGAAGAACAAGCAGCAGCAGCAGCAGCAGCACUCGUCGCAGCAGCAGCAGCAGCAGCAGCAGCAGCAGCAGCAGCAGCAGCAGCAGCAGCAGCAGCAGCAGCAGCAGCAGCACUCGUCGCAGCAGCAGGCGGCGGCCGUGUCACCGCCGCCGCACGAGGCGGGCCCGUCCAGCUCUGUGGCAGGCCCCGGCAGGCAGGGCGAGUCCGCGAUCGAGGCGGUCGCGGCGCCCGGCCUGGAGAACAAGACGGGGCAGCACUCCUGCUUCGUCAACGUCGUCGUGCAGACCCUCUGGAACGUCGAGGCCUUCCGCGACGAGUUUCUCUCGUCGGAGCCGCGGCCGGGCGCCGAGGAGGAGGACCGCUCCAUCUACAAGGCGAUGGCCGAGGUCUGCUCGAUGAUGGAGGACGGCGCCUCGUCGGAGGCGGUGACGCGCGAGAGCUCGCGCGACACGCCAAAGGCGACCGCGUCGGCGCUCAAGGAGGCGCUCUUCCGCCUCGACUCCAACUUUGAGCUCGGCGAGAUGCACGACGCGACCGAGGCGCACGAGGCGCUGCUCGAGGCGCUGCACCGCGCCGUUGAGGAGCGCGCGCCCGCCCCGCCGGACUCGGGGCCCGCGGCCGCGCCGGCGAGCGGCGGCGGCGCCGGCGGCGCGCCGUCGCCCGCCGCGCGGCGAGAGCCGCGCAACUCUGGCGAGGCCAAGGGGGUGACGAGCGGCGACUCGUUUGUCAAGCGCAUCUUCUCGAUGAAGAUGAGGCUCGAGUACGGGCAGCCCGCCGACCCGAAGGAGGAGCCGUGCAAGCCCGUCGUCUUCGACCAGUGGACGCAGUACGUCACCGCGUCGGAGCUGCGCGACGCCGUGCGCGAGCUGCGAGAAGCGCGAGGAGGGCCCGCGUUGGCCGCGAGCCCGCUCGUGCGAGUGCUGCGCAAGGAGGCGGGCACCGAGCCGCCGCCGCCGGGGCAGGCGCCGGUGCCCGGCUCGUCGCGCAAGCUCCUCCUGCUGCAGCCGCCGCGCGUCUUCUCUCUCGCCCUCGGAGCGGACACGGCGCACGCCUCCAAGGGCGAGAUCUCCGAGAUCGACCUGCGGGACGUGUACGAGGAGCUCGGACGCGGGCAGGCGGGCUCGACCACCUGCCGGCUCGCCUCGCUCACCGCAUUCUACGAGUCGCACUACGUCUGCUUCUGCUACUCGCGCGCCGCCGGCCAGUGGAUACACUACGACGACGACACGCGGCGGGUCGUCGGCCGCGACUUCGAGGCGGUCAAGCAAAAGACUUGCCCGACGUUGCCCUGCAUGGUGUCGAAAUCGCCCGCAGCCGCUCGCACUGGGGCGGUCUCUGAGAAGUCCAGCCCUCGCGUGCUCCAGUUCUGGGCGUCGUGCUGGGUGGUUAUCACCAAUGUGUACGCCAUCGGAUGGUCGAUCAGCGGCAUCAUGUCCGACGGAACGGCCUCAGCAAAUGGCUCGGAGAUGGCCAUCCUUUCUGUCGAAAUUCUCGGCGCCGCGCUCACCAUGCUCGGGGCCAUCGUCUACUCCUGCUGCUCAUGCUUCUGCUGCCGUGGCAUCUCAACUUGGUUCUUUUGGCCCCUGCUCAUCAUUGGCAUGCUGCUGCAGUUUAUUUGUGCCGUUGGAAUUUCGGUCCGCGCCACCAUCUCGUGCUCCUUACCCGCGCCCCGCACUCUGGACCCGCUUCGCGGGGAUCCCCGUCGGGGCCGUGGCCCGUUCUUCGACAUGCCGUUCUUAGACGACUAUGACAAGUACUAUGACUAUGACUUUUCUGCCUUUGAAGACUGGGAUGACUUGCUAGAGAGGCUUGACACUUGCAGAUUCGUCCUGCCGUCCUUCGCCGCCGGUGCGGCCAUGUGUCUCCUCGCCGCGCUCGCCGCGGCUCGCCUCAUGAUCCGAGCCGUGCGCGCGCGCCGAGCCGCGGCGUCGGCCCGGGCGGUCGAGGCGAGUGCGCUCUCCGCCAAGCGGAACACGGGCGACGCGGCCGAUGGCAAGCCGGCCGAUGAUAGAGUCUCGGUCGGUGACACUGUAUUCGCCUCGAACGGCAUCAUCGUCGGCUACUUGCUUCUCUCGCUGCUCGUGUGUGGCUGGGGCCUCUCAGUGCUCACCAUGUUGAGCUCCGACUCCAUGCAGCGCGUCCUCUCUUCCGCCCCGCCGCCGUCGCACCCACCGUUCCCCCCCGCGCCGCCGGAACCACCAAUGACAUAUCGCUACUUGCGCCCCCCGCCGCCGUCACCGAGCCCGCCGCAACCACCUUCGACGCCGACGCCGCCAGGCCUGCCGCCCACGCCGCUGUGGCCCGUCGGCGGCUCGCCGUUUCACGUCAGGAGCGGCCCGUGCCGGCGGGUGGGUGCGUGCGUGACAUCGAGCAACUUUGACGUGCGCUCCAUCUCAGACUUCCCCACCUACUCGUCCUACUACUCGUACUACUACUCAUACUCGAGCUUGCAAUCAGUCGACGGCUAUCGGGACUAUGAGCGUUGCUCGAUCGAUGUGACGCCAGAGGUGGAGCUUUCAGUCCUCCACUUCGACACCGAAGAGUAUAGCGACCGCCUCGUCGUCACCACGCCCAUUGGCGCCCGCCGGCGUUCGUACUCGGGCACCAUAGGCCCCGACGGCGUGCACGCUACCCAUCUCGACUGGAACUCCGACGGCAACUCUCGCCGCUCUGGCUGGGCCGUGUGCGCACGCGGGGCGGAGGCCGACCUCAUCAGUGAGGCCGAGAGCGCCGUUGAAGACGGCGCGUUUUACAAGCGCGGCCCUGCCUACCCUUGGCACGUCCUGACCAGUGCAUUCGCCUUCCCGACCGUGGCUUCCGCGGCUGCGGCCAUCGGCGUGCUUGCCGCCUUUGCCGCGAUCUGUCAGUCACUUCCCGGUGCAAGCAUUAGCUCCGACCCCGCCCAUCCGCGGGUCUCGCGCAAAUUUGCAAUCAUUGGCCGUCUCCUGGCGGUGAUCUCUGGCCUAGGCCACGUCGCAGCAUGCAUCGGGCUCAUGACGACCAUCGGCCAGGCCUGCGGCAAGAAUGGAGGCCAUGCAGUCACACAUUGCGUGCACCUCUACCCGCUCUUUUCGAUUGGUGUGAGCGCGUGCUUGAUUAGCGCCGCCAUGUCCACGUACCUGUUUUGCGACCUCGCACCCAUCGCGCAUACUGCCGCUCGCGGCGACCCCGUCUCGCGCAUCCUCUUCCAGGGCGCCCACCACCGUCGCCUCAUCCUCACCACGCCUGUCCUCUGGACGAUCGACCUCUUUGUCUCGAUCAUCCAGAUCGUCAUCACCUCGCGCUUCUCCCCGUGGAGUAGCAUGCCGGCCGCAUGGAUCUUCUCUGCGCUAGGGAUCGUCUCGCCAAUCUUCGGCUUCGCGGGCUCCUUCCUGGUGUGCAACCGGCGGUUGCUCGGCCCUGGCCACGACGACACGCGUCUCAUCGCUAUUGCCAUGCUUGGCACGCACACUCUCCUCGUCGGUGUCAUCACCGUCGGCGACUUUGUGGUCUCCUCCUCAUACAACGGCGGUGGCACGUGGACGUACAUCAUCGGCUGCCUCUUGCAUCUCGUCUCUUUUGCCCUCGGCGGCGCACUGCUGAGCCAGGUGGUCACGAUGCCCAAGCACGCCUUGGGCAGUCACGGCGACGAGGCCGAGGCGCGCGAGGGCCUUAUGAUGGUGAGCGAUGUGGACGCGCGCGUCGAUCGCAAGCUGCAGCAUAUUGUGGUUGACCAGGACAAGAAGAUUAUGAUGUUGGUCGGGCAGCAGAGUAAGCUCCUCGAGAUGCUCUCCGCACAGGCGAGCCCGCAGCACGCGCACGACAGCGGCGCGGCGUCCUCGCAGCAGGAAGCCGGCACGGCACAGGGACAGGCGCCGUAG